GAGAAAUUAAUAGAGUACAAAACUUAUCUUCAAGCUUUACCUUAUUCUGAUCGUUCAGAGGGCGAUCGCGGAGUCACUGAAUGAAGUCCUCCCUUUCUUUCGGAGGUGCUGACCCGCAGCGAGGCAGAGAUGACUAAGUUACAUAUUCCAUAUGGCGACGACAACAGCAUGUCGUAGAAGGAGAUAAGAGGUGGAGCCAACGACCCACUAAGACUAACGUAUCUACAACUACAUCCCCGAGCGGCAGUCAAACGGAGGCGUGAAUGCAAGAUGCCAGCGGAAUGAUCGGCCGGACAGAGGCUAGGGCUGCUUUCUUCCCACCGCGUCCUUCCUUGUGUGUCGGAGAUAUAAAGCGAGUGCACCGGAAAAGAAGGGGAACUGGGUUGAUCUAUUCUAUGGCGAAGCAUCCGAAGCAUAACUGCACACUCACACGAUCUUUGCCGAGAGAUAGGAGCAUUCGGUGGAACCGGUGAACUACACUUGCUUCUGGAUAGAUGUGUGGGACAGAGGGCUCGUGGUACCUGCAGCCCACCCUUCCUCCUCUGCUUUGAGAACCGUGUGAACGGAGAGUGGGCAGAAGGGAAAGAGGUCCUCAUACGGAGUCGCACACUGACUUUUUCUGUGCGGGAGACUGGAGAAUGGGUCGAGUAAACUCCCCCGGGGCCGGCCGGCAAAAUCACAGACUCAGUGCUAUUUCUUUUUUCUUUAUUGAAUUUCAAAGGAGGCGCAAAGAAUAUUGCGAGGCAGAGGUAGUACUUCGAAUGGCGAAGAGAGGCGGCUCGGCAAAGAAGGAAAGAUGAUGACUUCUUUGUUGGCGAAACGAAGGGCUAAAUAGCGCCAUUCUCUGAGCCGGUCUGGAUUUCCAAUGCCUCGGGAAAGAGGUCGAUCUCGAUGACAAGACCUUUUUCUUCUUUAUUGGGUGCCUUCUUUUAGAAGUAGUCGGAAAGAGAAAGCCUAAAGAAGGAAGGAUCAUAUUCCAUAUAUCAGUCCAACAACAAAAGAAAGGGAAGGAGCAAAGAAUUUGCGAACAAGGUUCAAAGAAAGCUAAUAUGGAUAUAAACAAGUCCUUCGGACGACUAUCGAUGACGCUUUGCUUACCGGCUCAGGCUUCCAAAGGCGACCAGCUUGAAAUACCUUUUGUUACGUUACGCUGCCAUUGAUUUUUCCAAUCUCAUUGAAUAGCAUGGCCUGGGGUAACUUAAGUGGGAGAGCCGUGUUAUGGGUGACCUUAUUGCACGGUUCAGAGAGCACUUGUGUAUGUGAUGCAAGUGAACGUGUACGAAAAAGCUGUAGGAAAGUGAGUUCUUCGUUCCGUCGUCGACCCUAUCUAUGUUUCUACGAUGGCCCAAGAACACGCUCAUUCUUCAGCUGUAGAGAGACUUUUGAAUUGCGAGGUACCAUUACGAGCUCAAUAUAUACGAGUCUUAUUCCGUGAAAUCACUCGAAUUUCAAAUCAUUCACUUGCUUUAACUACUCAUGCUAUGGAUGUGGGAGCAUCAACUCCGUUCCUGUGGGCUUUUGAGGAGCGGGAGAAAUUAUUUGAAUUCUAUGAAAGAGUCUCGGGAGCCAGGAUGCAUGCCAGUUUCAUACGACCAGGUGGAGUGGCACAAGAUCUGCCUCUUGGCUUAUGUCGAGAUAUUGAUUCCUUCACACAACAAUUUGCUUCUCGUAUCGACGAAUUAGAAGAGAUGUCAACCGGCAACCGUAUCUGGAAACAACGAUUAGUGGAUAUUGGUACUGUCACUGCACAGCAAGCAAAGGAUUGGGGAUUCAGUGGUGUAAUGUUAAGAGGUCGUGCGACAUGAAGACAUUGAUAGCAAUAUGGGGGAAGUUCCCAUCAGGCAACAAGGGUUCUGCCUGACCCUACUUAAGCAUGCAUAUUAUGUCAGUGAAGACUUGGUGUGAAGCCUUGGAGCUGACGUUAGAAGAGCAAAAGGCCCGGGGCUAGGGUAAGCUGAGGGGGGACAGCGUCAGUGAGCGAAUGUGUGUAAGCCCAGUCAAAGAUGACUGUUCUAGGCGGGGCGGGCCACCCACCUGAGAAUGGUCUUGGUCCUACGGACCGUGAACGGAUUCGCCUCUGGCCUCUGGGUACGUCUCCACCGCAUAAGUUCACCGGGGUGGAGCACGGUCCGCCAAAAUCGGCAUAGGUUAGGUGCUAUUGAUGGAACAUGGUAAGCCUAUCUUUCUCCAUAUGGAAGUGCUGCGGGCACAUAGAGAUGUGGGUAGAGGAAGCCUCAAAAAGCGAAGGCCGAGCUGUAGGUCACGUGACCUGCACCGAGUUGGUGGCUGACUGGGCUUUUUCCUAGAUCAAAGCGGAGAAGCGAGCCUGAUUCUUAUCCAAAAGUCGGUCGCAGAAAAACAAAGGUCCAGGUGACUCAUUCAUUCCAAAAAAUAGCCGAAGCGAGACAGAAAGAAAGCAUAGGAGGAAGAGCCAUAGGCGCAGCAGCUAGAAGAAAGAGAGAGAAAAGCCAUAGGCGCAGCAGCUAGAAGAAAGCAUAGGGGCUAGAACAAAGCGAAGCCAUAGGCGCAGCGCUUGUGAUUAGAAUCCCAGUCAAAAGAGAAAUCAGCCUUUUGCCUUGGGAAAGAGAGAAUUAAUGAGAAUGAAACUGGAAGUCUGACUCACACUUGAGAAAUUCAUGUGUCUCGCAAAUGAGAGAGGAUGUAGUAGGUCCAUGAAUGAAUUGCCUUUUCUCCUAGGCUUUCCUUUCCAAUCCCUAUUUUUUUCUUUCUUCCUUUUCGAUAAUUCUUCUCCACAAAUUCUUUGGGCCUCAGUAGCUUAAUUAUGAGUGGAAUGAAAAGCUCAAAUUCUUCUCAUAGUGGAAUUCGAAAAGAAUUUGAGACUAAAAUAUUAGAUUUCGCCUCUCCUUCUUAGUCGAGCUGCUUCGCACCUUUGAAGGAUUCCACAAAUUCUUUGCGCCUCGCCUUUCAGUCGAGCCUCUCCUUCUUAGUCGAGCUGCUUCGCACCGCGGAGUGGGAUGGGAGUUGAGAAGAAUUCUCAACUCAAUGAACAAGGGCUUGAUCUUACUUCUCCUUUGAUCCUCUCCUAUAUCUGAAACUACGAGUACCUUCGCACCUUGAAGAUUUGAUAUGGAUUUCUGACUCGUCCUCCGUCAUAUGGAUUUCAGACUCCUUCGGAGCGGUCCUCUGGACUCGUUUGAGUGGAAUGAAUGAGUCCUUCGCUUUCAGAGUCCUAACCUUUAUAUCCUCUUGAACUCGUUCCAUUCUGCCUCUCCUUUCAGUCGAGCCCUUGUUCAUUGAUUCAGCUUGAAUCUUGGACUCCUUUCGAGUCAUUUCAUUCCUCCUUGCGCUCCAUCUUUGACUUAGUGGAUCAAAGAGGUCCUCCGGACUUUGAAGAUUCCACUAAAAGACUAGUCACCUGGACCUUUGAAAUUCAACCAGUGAGGACCAGCCUUUAUUCAUUGAUUUUUUAGCAUCAAAAUGCAAUUCUCCCAAGAACGUUCGUCUUCAUGUCUUUCUGGGAGUCGAGGGCUCUUCACUUUCAUUCAGGUCUUUCCUUAUUCCCUUUUUGAAUGCAUGAGACAUGAAAAGAAAGAAAGCCUCAAGCAGAACCACAUUCCUUUUGCGUGCGGAUGUAGCUAAGUGUCUGACCCUUGUUUGUGAUUCCCUGCUGUUGCGGCCUAUCCUUGAAUGCGCGCGCGUGAACCAACCCAAGAAAGAAGGAAAGGAUGCCUCUCGGGGCAUCUGAGAAUGAUUAGAGCUGUAUGAAGGGAAACUCUCACGUACAGUUUCUUUUUUUUGGGGGGGGGGAAGGAGCCCGACAGGGUCCCCCCCACUGACUUGGCCCGGGCCUAAGUGAAAGUGAAGUGGUGGGCCUACCCAUCCCAACCAGGGGUAUGCUGGGAUUUGCGAAGAGCAGCACCUUACGAUGUUCAUGACCAAUUGGAUCCUGACGUACCAGUAGGUACCAGAGGAGAUCGCUAUGAUCGUUACUGUAUCCGUAUCGAAGAGAUGCGACAAAGUGUUCGGAUCAUUGUGCAAUGUCCUAAUCAAAUGCCUAGUGGGAUGAUCAAAGCCGAUGAUCGUAAGCUAUGUCCUCCAUCACGAUCUCGAAUGAAACUAUCCAUGGAAUCGUGUGCCGUGUGAAACGUAGAUCAUCGCCGUUCUUAACCGAGACUCAGGUUAAGCUCCGUCUCGGAACCUUGUGGGGUUAGGAGUAAAGCAUCCCGAGGUUGACGCAUCUCGUUGGGCGUGGAGAAACAUUGGGAACCAAAAUAGCUUUCUUCGGAGCCGUUUCUUCUCCCGUCCCCCCGCCCCGGCAUAGCGCUUCGCUUUCGGUGAUUCUUCCGAAUCAACUGACUUCUCCCUUCUUCAUUGAUCUGGGGGAAAAGGAACCGUCUACCUGUUGGGAAGCUAGACAUUAAGUAAGUGGCUUGAUGAGGAUAACUAAGCUGACACGCCGGAGUUGGCUGCUGGCACAACUGGGUGGUGCCUUACCGCACCGCAGGUUCACGCGCGGUAGCGUUCGUGGUGGUGCUUCAGGAUUCCAAUGUACCGCAUCCAAGAUCAGAACGAGCUUGCCGGCGGACCAUUGCCGUCCCAUUCUUGAGUGAGCUGGAGCGCAGCCAUCUUAUCCACUGAACUAGCCUUAAGCUAUUGCUUCGGGUCGAAGCACUAAAAGAAAAGGACCAGGAAAGGCGGCGGUAUAGGAACCACGGGACCCCCCCCACUAGUCUAGUAAAGGGAAAAGAGAAGUGCGCUCCUCUCCUGUAAGUAAAGCAGCUUCGCACCUCUCAAGAAAUAAGAAGAGCAGCUUCGCUAAAGAGAGAAUGAAAGAUCUCAUUCAGAGAUCAUGAAACUCUCUUUCAUACUCUUUCUCUUGUUCCGCUACGUGGGCUUCCUCUUUCUUUUCCCUUUCUUGGUCGAGCUGCUUUGCUUCUCUCCUGCGCACCAGCUUCAAAAGCCCUUUACCCUUUGAAUAAUAAGGUCAGCUUCAUAGUUCCAACCUAGAUAAGGCUUUUUUAUGCCCUUUUUUUAGGUUGGGUUGCUGGAUACGGGAUCCUCGUAGUAGGCUGGACCAAGAUCCAGCCGAGAGAGGGCAGCCUUUAGAAGGAAGAGGUUGGGAAAGCAAGAGAAGGCUGAGCCUUUUCUUAUCUUUUUCCCUAGGCUUUUUUCUUCAGAUUCCUUAAAAAGAGGGAUUUGGAUUAUUGACCCCAAUGAGAAAGCACUAACAUCUUCCUCGUUGGGGCUUCGCGCACUGGGAAAAGGCUAAGGCGACGGGAAAUCGGCCGUCAGAUUAAACUACCACGGACCGGUAUCGAGAGGGCUAUCACAGUCAGGUGGAAAUUACCCCCUAUUUGUAAAGUACCACCCUCUUUCAUUAUUAUGUUAGGGGGUUGAGGCGAGAAAUGGCUUGAUGAACCCUUCCGUUCGCCACGCACCGGCCCCAUUCACUUGCUUAUCGUAGAGGCUUGAAGUAUACAGUGCCCCACAACGUAGAAUAGUAUAGUGGGGUUGAAAGACGAGAGUGCCCGCCCUUUCUUUCAAGUAGGCCACUUUUUCCUCCACGCAGCCCGGGAUAAGCGUGACCGUGUAUAUAUAUCUAUAUAUAUCUUCUCCUCUCUCAUUUCUCAAUGUCCGCUUCAACCGCUCUUUCAACUACAAAAAAGCUCAGUUGGCUUGACGAGCGCAGAUGUGAGGAAGCGGGAGCAAUCAAACAAGAAAGAUCGAGCUUCAGGCGAAAGAACGAAACUUGAAAGCAACCCUACUUAAAGGAACCUACUAAAACGAAAAGGAAGAAAGCCUAGCGAACAAGCCAGAUCAAUUAUUCAUUUGGCGGAUGAAAGGAAGUGAAA